AUGACCUCAACGGCGACCCCCGGAGGCGCCCCUCAGACCCGGCCGACCUCGCCGUCGCCAUCACAGCUCCCGCCGAUCCCCGGCUCGCCGACCUUUACGUAUGCCACCACAAACCGCAUGUCCACCUACACCCUGCCCAUGCCCCCACCGCCGCGGCCCUCCCACGCCAUCCUGACCAAGGCCGACCUCGAAGCCAGCCAGAUCGCAUACGGUGACCUGCUCGCCACCGCUAAGACAUACCGACAGGCGCUGGCCUCGCUGUCGGUGGCCGCGUCCGCCUUUGGCGCAUCGCUCGAGGCGUGCGCCCGCCUCAAGGAAUCGCGCUCCGACGCCCUGGGCCCGGACCACCAGAAGCCGGCGAGCCUGACCAACAGCUUCACGGCCUCGAGCGGGUCGUGCACGGCGGACCUGCUGCUGGGCGCCUCGGGCGUGCACCAGCUGGUGGCGAACCACCAGCAGAUCCUGAGCGAGACCGUGUACCGGAGCUUCGAGGUGCCGCUGCUGCACGAGCUGGACAAGUGGCGGGCGGCUAUCGAGGACGAGGACGAGUCGUACCGGCGGUCAGCGGCCGCGCAGUCCCGCGAGAUCCGAAAGCUCGAGAAGGAGGGGCUGCGCCUCCACAAGCAGCGCAGGCGGGACGUGGGCAAGUUCCGCGAGCACCUUGUCGAACUCACCACCAAGCUCGACGGCCUCACCACCCUGCACGGCGAGCACGCCCGCACCAUGCUCCGCGAGAGCCAGGAGACGAGCGAGAAGAUCCUCGACGCCAGCUGCAGCCUGGUGCGGGCCGAAGUCGACAUCUUCGAGAGCCUGGCCCGCAAGGGGUGGACCGGAGGAGGGCUCGACGAGCUGCUGGACAAGGGAAAGGAUCUCUUCGCCAGCGACGAGGACGCGGCCUUGGCGAGCGGCAUGGACUCCUCGGUCAUGGGGGGCGCCUCGGCGGCGGCGGCGGCGGCAGAGGGCGCGAGGCUCUUUAGUAUACUGCCUCCCAAGAGCAUCCUGGCGGACUCGGCUUCCGGCCGGUCGGGCACGCCUGCGCAUAGGGGACACGGCCGCGCCGACAGCCUGCUGGUCGAUAACGACCGGUACCAGAGCCUGGCCGGGGCCAUCGACCGCGAGGGCGACGGGGGCGAUGCCGACAGUAUCUUCAGCGAUUUCAACCAGAGCCGGGGCGUCAGACCGUUCAGUCCGCAGCCCAUACGCAGACAUCCCACCGAUGUCGUCCUAGACCCGGACACCCUAGUCAUCGAGACCCCACAGCCGUUACGCCGACAUGCGACAGAUGCCAUCCUCGACCCGGAGUCACUCCUUUCCGGCGACGGAGAGCUUGAGGGAGGACGGCCACGGGACGCCAGCGCGCAGGACUUGCAGGUCGAUGAGCGGAAUGAGGAGGAUAACGACGACGACGACGACGACGAUGACGACGAUGGUGAGGACACGGCCGAGGAGUCGCCGUGGAAAGACGUCGUGAAAAAGGAGAAUGGGGAUGUUAUCUCCAUGAUUCCAAACUCCUAUGCGUCUAUACUUGCAGCGGCGCUCCAAGGUGUCGGUCGUUGA